UUUUCCCAUCUCCGGUCACCUCUUCCAAUAGUAUUCGCCCUGGAGAAUCCCCAAACACACGCACAGAGUGAAAGAUCAAUGGAGUUCCCAUCGGAGAGAACGAGCAUAUACAAGGUAUCCAGGAUCAUAAGACGCAAGGAGAACACUUUAUACAAUGCUCUUCGAUCGAUCUACGAGGAUUCGAUCUUCGUCGGAGAAAUCUCUCAGCUAUGGCCGGAACUUCCGUUGCUCGCGAACCUACGCUGCGGACUGUGGUACUCCCCCAAAUUCCACUCCAAUUGUUACUUCAAAUCCACUGAUGGACAUACAAAUAAUUUGUCCUUCAGCACCUCUCGCCUCAACCUCCACGUCGCACUACUUGCCGGACAGAAGGGUGGAGUCAUGAUCGUUGAUUCCACAAGAAAAGGGAAGAGGUUUCCUGACAGUAUGUCCAAGACAAUACCAAUUUGGACCUGUGUGUUAAAUCGUGCGAUUUCUUAUCAUAGGGCCAGACUGGAUGAAUAUGCCACUCUAAAGAAUGAGUCAAAUAGUUCGGAUGAGCUUACUAGUAAUAUUGAGCAAGACUAUUCUGGGUGGGAUUGUUCCUUGCAUCUUCCCCUCUGGGUUUCAGAAACUGAGAAAGCAAUUAUUGAGGCCCGUUUGGAAGGAUGGACCAAGGAAUUUGAAGCCAGUGGGGCAGACAUUGCCUCAAUUUCAUUAUCCCUUAGAAAACCUCUACGGCCUUUAUGGAUUUCACAGAAAACUGUCAUCUGGUUGAAUGAAGUACCUGAAUAUGAUUCGUGGGAUUUCACACCUGUCAUUCUUAUUUCUGCAUCAUCACCAAGUAGCACGUUUCAGAAACUAAGUACCACUGAGUUUAGCUGGAAUUACAUUGCUGGAGCUGGUGACGACGAGGAAAGUUGGGCGAGGAGUUUAUCACCUAAUCUUUUCUGGAAAAAUGUCUAUGAUCUUAUAAGCUCAGGUCCUGACUUGUGCAAUCAAAGGGUAGCUAAUAUUGUUGAAAAGGAUCGAGUUUAUCGGGCACAAAGGGGAGAAAAUGCUCCCCAGGUAUCCGUCAGACCUUCAAAAUGUUUGGUUAGCACAAACACGUUGGAUGUGGAUAUUCCUAGUUUAGCUGGGGAUGAGAAAUCAAGUGACAACUAUGCAAUAUCUUGGUUGGGCUCUACUAACAUUGCAGUUGGAAGAACUCCACUCGCCGCAGACAAAUUUCCUGCUGAUAGCAUAAUAAACUGUCAUAAGGUCUCUCUUUCUAUGGAUUCUGAAGCAUGUUUACACCUGCCAAUAGUGGAUUCCAAAUUUGAUAGGUUUUCUUUGUUGAGAAAUCUUCCCUCUGCGUUGGAUUUUGCCAAAACGAAUUUAAGACGAGGGAAAACACUUCUAGUUUGCUGCAACAAUGGAGAAGAUAUAAGCAUAUGUGUGUGUUUGGCAAUCUUUACUUCGUUAUAUACAGACGCAGGACACUUUGAUGAUGGGAACUCCUUCAAAGAGACACGCCUAACCAAGUUGGAGUUGCGAAAAAGAUUGGUGUUUAUAUGUAAAUUUGCCAUUAAUGCUCGCCCAUCAAGAGGUAAUCUAAAGCAAGUCUUUAACUACCUUAGUCAAGGAACUGUACCUUCUCUAUCAUAACUUUACAAGAUUACUGUGCUCGAACAUCUUUCUAGAUAAUGAAAUAUUACUGAAGAUGCUUAUAAAUAUAAGAUUCGGUUGCUUUGACACCUUCCUAUUCUGAUGCCCAGAAGAAUCCGAAUUUAUAGCUUUACCAAAUGAAGUUACAUAGUUUCCUGUUUUGUUUUGUGGACAAGUAGGUAGUCUAUAUUCUCGUGUAACCAGAGUAUCCAAUCAUGUAUACGUGCAUUAAUAUAGUAUAAAUUACAAUUUAUGAUGUUAAAGUAGGUCUAAUUUUUUGUUUUA